GAGAGCGUCAUCGAACGAGAGAGAACGCGCAACGGGAGUGCAGAUUAAGAGAGCGCCCGGAAAGUCCAACCAAAGAGCGAGAAAUGGCCUUCUCGCGUCACAACAUCGAAAAGCGCCGACUCAUCGAGCUAGUGCGCCUCAAUCCCAUCCUCUGGGACUGUCGCCUGCCCCACUACAAGCGUUCGGACAAGAAGAAGGCCAUCAAGUGGAACGAGCUGGGGCGCAUGUUCAAUGUCACAGGGGAGCGGGUGCAGCGCACCUUCACCUCACUGCGGGAGAUCUUUCGCAGGGAGUUGAACCACGAGAAGAUGCUGGGCACAACGCGCUUCAAGUCCAAGUGGGAGUACUACGAUGCCAUGGCAUUUCUCAAGGAGGUGAUACGUGAGAGGAAAUCGCGGGAACGCGUUAAGCCGGGUCCCACGGAACCAGCACCCAGAACCAACAACAACAACAGCUCCAACAGCAACAACAACAAUAACAACAACAGCAGCAGCGUGGCCAUGGAUGAGUAUCAAUAUUUUGCACCCAGCGAUCCCAACAAUCCCAACAAUCAGCCGCCGGCGCAGCCACAGCCAAAGACAAAUCCUUCACCCAGCCUCCUGCCCAGCCUCAGCCAACUGCCCGCCGCCUUGCUGCCACAGGCGCAGCACUUGCAGGCGCUGCAACUACAGCCAGAUGUGACGCUGACCUCGCUGAGUGCAAUACCCAAGCAGCCCGUGCCCGCUGCGCCUCCCUCGCCCGCCCAGGUGCUGUCCAGCUCACGUUCCUGCAGCUCCUCGCCCUCCAUCUACAUCAAGGAUGAGCCGGGGUCGCCCGAGGAGGCAGACGCAGAGGGCAGCGCCACGAAGCUGGCCACCAUUCGCCCGCAGACCAAGCAGCAGCUGAAGGCGCGUCUGCAGCUGCCGCCGGCAGCACCCAAGAGCGCCUCCAUCUACGCCACCUCCCCGCCACGCCUCAUCAUCAAUGCCAACAACGAGCUGAUCGAUGCCGAUGCCGGAGACCUCGACGAGGAUCUGGAUGACUACGACGAGGAUGACGACGACACGGGCCGCUACUCGCCCGUGCUGGAUGUGGACAUGCUGGGGCCCGACGGCCGCUUCUCGCCCGGCGGCACCAGCAGCUACACGCGCGUGGGCGGUGGCGGCGGUGGAGGCGGCGGUCGCUCGCAUUCGCCGUCGCGGCAUGUGCCCAGCCCCCGGGAGCUGCUGUACAUGAAAUUCGGCGACUUUCUGGCCGCACGACUGAACACCCUGAACGAGACUGUGGCCAAUGAGCUGAUGAACAAGAUCCUGCUGCUCAUAGCAGAGAAGUGAGUGGCAGCAGCGCGUUAAGGAAUGCCCAAAAAUAUGAUUGAAUCGACAAAGGAGUGCUCCCAGCCCAAAGGCUAACUUUCUAGCGUAAUUAAAUAUAAAUAAUAAUAGUAAUAAUAAUAAUUAUUUUAUUAUUU